ACUGUAAAAAUGGACCAAAAGGUGAAUUCUGACAUGCAUGGGGAAGUUAAAAACAUUGUUGAUACUGUUGAUGUUCUCCGAAAUGAAAGUAAUGUGUCUCCUGAACAUGUCAAUGACACUGAGACCAAUACAAAGAUCUCUACAAUUUAUAUAAAGGACUUUGCAAAUGGAAUAGACGAGAAAACACUGAAAGAAUUAUUGGACAAAUGUGGAGCAUCUGCUAAAAUUAUGAACACUGAUUGUGGAAAGGCAAAAGAAUUUGGCUUGCUUAUCUUUGAAAAACAACAGGAUGCUAAAAGAGCUGUAGAUGAAAUGAAUGGUAUGGACAUUUACUUGGCUCAAGCAAAAAACAAGGAGAAAAGACAAACCGAGUAUAGGAAAAAGUCUGAACAUUUACAGUUGGAAUAUAAACCCAGAUACAAUGAUAUUAACCUAUAUGUUAAAAAUCUCAGUUAUGAAAUUGAUGAUCAUCGACUGAAGAAAGAAUUCUCACCUUUUGGUACAAUUACCAGCGCUAAGGUGAUGAGGGAAGGUGGCCGCAGCAAAGGUUUUGGAUUUGUAUGUUUCUCAUCCCCUGCAGGGGCUAGAAAAGCAAUUGCUGCAAUGAAUGGCAAGAUAUUGGCCUCAAAGCCACUGUAUGUUGCUUGGGCACAGAGAAAAGAUGAACGGCAGGCUUCUUUGGCUGAGCAAUACAUGCAGAGGAUGCCAAAUGCUUGCAUACCCAAUGCUAAAAUCAACCCUAACCAGGCCCUAUUGUCGAAAUGUUCUGUGACCCCUAGUCCAGCAGUCCAGAACAAUUCAGCAUUCCUAGCUAAGAAAACGGCUCAAUUUAGGCAGAGGUGCUACAAGAAUGCACAAGGGACUGGCCCUCAUCCAUUCCACUACAAGCCAAGGGCUAAUCCCCAAGUUUCUCCUAGACCGCUCAAAUUAAUUCCAACAAAAACAGCAGUUAAUGUGGUACAAGGUAUAAUUUCAGCUACCUCCAGGAAUAAAUAUGCAGCUGGAGAUUGGAAUACUAAGAUACAUUCUGAGAAACAGACCCAAGCUGCUAUGCAGCACCCUGCUAUCUAUGUUCAAGGGCAGGAGCCUCUAACUAUUUCCUUUUUGGUCUCUGCUUCUCCACAUGAACAAAAACAAAUGCUAGAGAAACGUCUUUUUCCACUUAUACAAGUUAUACAGAAAAAAAUGGCUGAAGAAAUUACUGGGAUGCUGCUGGAGUUUGACACCUCUGAGAUUAUCUACAUGCUGGAAUCUCCAGAAUUACUCAGCACAAUGGUAAAUAAAGCUGUUACUGCAUUGCAAGGCCUUCAGGUGGAAGAAGCUGCUGAGAAUGCUUUGAAUGGCAUGACAAAUUAUUAACAUGCACACAAGCAAGACUUUUAAACUUACAUUUUUGAGCAAACACAGCAAAACGUUUACCAAAUAAAAAUGUAAUUCUUAA